CUGCCCUUGAAAUGCCUAAUUUGGCCUUGGGAGUCUCGUGACUGACAUCAACCAAUAACAAACCCAGUUGGAGUCCUCACGUUUUCUUAUAAAAACGAGAAAAACUUUUUAUAGCCUAACGUAAUUGAAGUCAAACAAAAUGGCUAUACUGGCUAAAACAGUACAUGAGUGGCUUGAGGAUGUGCAUAAUAAACGUCUUUCUACUGCCAGUUCUGCUGAAAAUUUCAAGUUUCACAAAUCAAGAAUAAGGCAUUUGUCUGGGCCAGGCACUUUCCCAGAAAAAGAUGAUGCAUUGGGACAGGGCGGAGUACUUUACUGGAUGUCGCGUGAUCACCGAGUUCAGGAUAACUGGGCUUUUAUUUAUGCACAACGUCUGGCAAUCAAAUUCAACGUCCCACUGCAAGUAUGUUUUUGUUUGGUUCCUGCUUACCAAGCUGAUACUUUGAGACAGUUUGCAUUUAUGAUUGGUGGACUGACUGAAGUAGAACAAGAAUGUCGUUCAUUGAAUAUCCCAUUCCAUUUGUUGAUUACCUCCAAUCAAAUUGAUAGACCUGAAGAUGUAUCUUCUGGAUGCAAGCACAGAUGGUCCGAUGAAAAUGCUCGAUUUAAUCAAACUGAUCAAAUAGAAAGAAACUUUCUUUAUGAAACGUAUGUUGCAAAAUCGGUUGUUGGUUUGGCAAAGCUAUUGAAUGUUGGAUGUUUGGUCACAGACUUCUGUCCUUUAAGAGCACCUCGUUCAUGGGUAAAAAAAGUUAUUGAUGAACUACCUAAUAAUAUCCCUUUUUGUGAAGUUGAUGCCCAUAAUAUUGUUCCAGUUUGGUGUGGAUCAGAAAAACGAGAGUAUUCUGCUCGAACUAUCAGAUCAAAACUAUUUGAACAAUCUCCGAAGUUUCUAACAGAUUUCCCACCUAUUAUUAAACAUACUUGUUCAAGUGAAACUACUGUCCUUCCUCCGCCUGUUAAUUGGGAUUUAAUUUUAUCUAAUUAUGUUGGUGACAAAAGUGUGAAACCUGUGGACUGGGCUGUACCUGGAAGUCGAGCUGGUUUAGAAGUUCUAUAUGAAUUUAUCGGCAAACGUUUAAAAAAAUUCGAUCCUCAUAGAAAUAACCCUGCUCAUCCAGCUCUUAGCGGAUUGUCACCCUGGUUGCAUUUUGGUCAAAUCGCUCCUCAGCGUGCUGUUCUUGAAGUAGUUGCUGUUCAAAAGCACUUUGGACGAUCGGCCGAUAUCUUCAUUGAAGAAUGCUUUAACAGAAGAGAGUUGGCUGAAAAUUUUUGUUUCCAUACACCUUUCUAUGAUUCGAUUAAAGGUGCACUUGACUGGGCACGUGAAUCACUUAUGACACACUCAACAGAUAAACGAGAUCCAGCGUACAGUAAAACUCAGAUGGAAACUGCCCAAACUAAUGACGAUCUAUGGAAUGCAGCACAACGUCAAUUAGUGCUCAAGGGCAAGAUGCAUUGGUUUCUGCGCCAGUACUGGGCCAAAAAGAUACUUGAGUGGUGCGCAGAGGGUCCAGAAUCGGCUAUUCAAAUAGCAAUAUACUUAAACGAUCGUUACAGUUUAGAUGGGACAGACCCAAAUGGAUAUGUUGGUAUUAUGUGGGCAAUAUGUGGUGUUCAUGAUCAAGGCUGGCCUGAACGACCUAUUUUUGGUAAAAUACGAUAUAUGAACUAUAAAGGAUGUUUACGGAAAUUUUCUGUUCCUACAUUUGUAUCACGGUACCCCGAAAAAUUGGAUUAAAUAACUAAACUCACAUCAAAGGGAAGGUAAAAUCUAAUAAUUCUAUAUAUCUGCAUUUAUACCUUUUUACCGUUUAUUUUUGCCUAUAUUUUAUUUCCAGUCUGACCUCCUCCAAGAUAUUUGUCUCCUUUAUAUUAAUACAUAUUUUGUAUGCCAUU